GCAGCCGCCUCCGCCGCCCCAGAGCAGCCUCCUCGGUGCCGGCAGAGAAGCUGUGCUGCAGCUGCCAGAUCCCGAGGAGCUGAUGGCAUCCGUGCCCGCAGCCCUGCCCGUGCCAGGGUCUUGGCAGCCCCUCGCACUGUGGCCGCCCGGAGCCGGUGACCCGCCGUGGGUGCUGACACGGGGCUCGACCCGCUCACGAAGCCCCAGCUGUGGGGGGGGUUCGAUUUUUGGCUGUUUUUCCGCAUUUUCUGCCCCCAGCUCUCGUUUGGUGCUGGGACGGCGCUGGCUAUGGCAGGGGAUCGCAGCCUUGGGGUAUGGGGAGGUGAAGCUGCAGAUCUAAGCAGCUCCCGCCCGGGCGGCGCCCCAUGGCUUUGGGGUGUCGGUGUCCCUGCCCCCGCUUCUGCUGCGGGGGCCGGGAGCGGGGCCAAGGCCAGGGCCGGGGCCCGGAUCCGAGCCGUGCUGAACCGACCCGCCCCCGGCCCCGCCCGCUCGUCCCCACCAUGGCGGCGGCGUUCAGGGUCCUGCGCGUCCUGCUCGGGCUCUUCUUCGUGCUGACCGGCGCCGUCAAGCUCACGGAGCAGCUCUCAGCCGACCUGUACCGGCACAUGCACUCGCAGUUCGUGCGCUACGCCGAGGUCUUUCCCCUGAAGGAUUUGGGGUUCACGCCGGAGCCAGGCCAGUACCUGGCCGUGGUGGGCUGGGUGGAGGUGGUGACUGGGCUGCUGCUGGCAUUCGGGCCCCAGCUCCUGCAGGAGAUCAGCAACUUCAUCCUCAGCGUCGUCAUGAUCGGUGCCAUCUACACGCUGCUGGUGCUGCGGGAGCCCCUGGCCAUGUGUGCCCCUGCCACCCUCUGCCUCGCCCUCCUGCUGCUCCUCAACAUCCGUGGGUAUGGGCCCCCUGCGAAGCCCAAGUUCGAGUGACAGGAGGCAGGGUGGGUGGCUCGGGUGGCUGGGUGGCAGGAUGAUUGGCUCAGCCAUCAGGAGGAGAUGCCCUGACAGAAUUUCCCAGGACAGCAUCGUAUCCUGUGAGGUAAUCUGGGACUGGGGCAAUGGUGUGUCCUCUCCUGCCACUGCCAGGGAUCCCCAUGCUGUGUGACCCAGGCUGGUGCUGUGAGGUUGGGGCUGCUGCACCACCCUGGCACUGCCACCAGUCUGGCAGCUCUGUUGCGAAACCCGCACAAGGUGAGCAGCUGUUCCCGGUGUUUGGCUGGGCUGGGCUGGCUCUGCUCUCCUGGUGGCUUUUGUAUUUUGGAAUAAAGCCUCUUGUUUUUCA